GCUGCAACGGCGCACACCCAAGACAGCAAGCAAGCAAGCAACUGCCCUCUCCUCUCCUUCCAACCAACUCACACCUCAACUGUCACGCCUCGCUACACCCUCACACUCAUCAACAUCAGUUGCCCGCAUGAGCUGGUUCUUCCGGCGCACGCCCUCGUCUGGGGCACGGUCGGAAGCGCCCAGCUCCUCUUCAUCGUCACAACAGCAGCCGCAGCGACAGCAGCAGCAACAAGGACAGCAGCAACGACAACAGCAACAGUCGCAGCAACAGCGGCGAGGUGGAGGCCCGAUGGCCAAGCUGUCUUCCAGCAGCGUCUCCAUGGAUCUCGCUCGCCUGCGCACGACGUACGCCGACUUUGAGUGCAUCACGGACGUCAGCAAGCGCGAGGAGCUCCUGCCCCAGAUUGUGCGCCUCUUUCUGUCUGUGUUUGCCAACGUGCCCGACAAAGAUGUGGCGCGCCAGUUCCGCCGAGAACCGCUGCAGUCCCUGACCAUGCAUAUUGCGCGCUUCGUCGUGCAGCAGAUCCGCAAGCGUGCUGCAGAUCGGUCCACCGUCGAGGCCAGCCUGGCCAUUGCCGUGUUCUUUGCGCGGGAUGAUCGUGGCCGCGUGUUUCUGGCAGCGCUAAGGCGCCUGGUUCAGCUCGGGGAGGUGGCGGCGGAGCCCAUGUGUGCCAUGUCACUGCCAUCCACCAUGGCCAAGACGCUGUACCUCUUGCUCGACCUCCCACCACUCCCACCUCCAGCACAACAACAACAACAACAGCAGCAGCAACAACAACAGCAGCGGCAAAAGGAGGAGGAGAAGGGGACUGUUUCGCCCCAUGCCACAGGCGGCACGGUCGCAGGUGACACUGCAAGCGCAGCCACAACGCAAUCAUCACCGCAGCGCAACACACAGCAAGGGGAGCGCGAGGCCUUGUUCGAGGCGAUGAAAACCCUCCUCACGCGCCUGUUUGCAUAUCAGCGCUGCACGACGGAGCUCAUGCGCUCUGUGGACGCCAGCGGCGGCAGUGACAUAUCCCGCCUGUUUGAUCUCAUCACGACACCGGUCACGGCGCAGGCGAACAUGUGCUGGCCGGAGUUGGCAGGGCAGCUGCUGGUCUCUUUGUACACGCACGCGCUUGUGCCGAAGCUGCUGUCGCACACGUGCCGCAAGGGGCUUGUGUCGGGCACCAUCGCCAAGUUGCUUGCAAGCACGGAGCUGACGCUGCUGGAGAAGGCGCAGGGCAUCAAGGUGGCGUGCGCGUGUGUGUCUGGCUGCGAGCAAGCGGCGGGUGCCAAGAUUGCAGCUGGCAUGGCCGCACAACACAUGUACGGAAAGGUGGCGGAGUUUGUGCUGGAUGCGCAGGCAACACUUGAAGCGACAGCAGUAGCGGGAACUCAUGAUGGCGGUGGUGACGAUGAUGGUGGUGAUGGUGAUGGUGAUGGUGAUGGUGAUGGUGAUGGUGGUGCGUCAACAGUCGCACCUACACCCCAACACGAUGUCACAGACACCACCAGCACCAGCACCACCACCAGCAGCAGCAGCAGCACUAGCUUGAGCGGCGCAACGGCUAUGGACAAUGUGCGUGCCAUUGAGAUUGUUGUGACAAGCAUGUGCUCACUGCUGUAUGUUGGCGAGCAGCCCCUCCCCUUUCCACGCAUCAAGGACAGCUUGCAGGCACCAGACUUUGUGUUCCCGCCCAUGACAAGUGGGCGUGGCAAAUGCAUCCGAAACGCACCUGCGCUGCGUGAGUUUCUGCACCCGCUGCUGCUGAGGGCAACGUCCCCGGCAUUGCGUGAUGUCAUCUUGCACGCGCUUCUCGACGUCAUCACCAAGUCGUCGAGCAAUUACUUCAUCUUGCGUCACGAGGCCGUACUGCAUCAUCUGCUGUCCUCCGUCCACACGUUUACACGCUGGCAGCAAGUGAAUGUUUUCAAACUGCUUGAGCUGGCCGUGUGCUCGCUCAACUUUGUGCCCGGCGAUGACCUGCAGCUCCUUGGGCGUCUAUUGAAGUGCGAGAACAGCGACACGGUGCACCUGGUGCUAUACACGCUCAUCAAACUCAUCAACUUCAACGCCCGUUUCUCCAGCGUCUGUCGCGAACUCGGAGUGCUGGACGUGUUGAUAGAGUGUCUGCUGUCGACGUCGAAGCGGUUGAAGGAGGAAGGCAGCGCAAAGGCUAUGGAGGUGCUCCGCCGCACACACGAAGUGCCCACACCUAUGCAGGACCCCUUCCAGCAGCUGCAGGUGUCAGCACAGCCCAACUUUGGCGGGACGGGCGAUGCACGCGAGCACGCGCUGCUGAUGGAUUGCAUUGCUCUUCUCCUUGAUAACCCUGCAAACGUUCGCGCAUUCCGAGCUGCCGGCGGCGCCAGGGCAGUCUUCAACAUGAUUGGCCUCACCUCCCACAGGUGGCAUGCGCUGCGUGUUGCGCAACAGCUGGUACUGAGCGAUGACACGGUGCACUCGCACGAUGAUUUGGCGACGCUGCUGGAGCUCAUGCAGUCCACGCCCGCAUACGGAUACGGCCUCAAGGUUGACAUCUUGCGCACGAUCAUUCGCCUCUUCUCCCUUGACUCGCGCAUCAAAGACCUCUUCCGCCAGGCGCACGGCUUUGUGUAUGUCGUGCACUCGCUGGUGACGCUCGCUGACAACGGCGACAGCCACCACUCGUCGUUCCUUCCACCGGGAUCGGGUGCAGACACCGAAGCAAGCGGUCGCCAGCGCCACAAGCUUGAUCUGCUGUGGGCGAUCCUGCACACCAUCACCGCCGCCCUCAAGGACAACUCGGUGAACCAGGCCGCGUUUGCCACGGAUGUGCGCUACGACGUGUUGACUGACAGCAUUCGCGUUGCUGGACUGGUUGACGACGAGCACGAUGCGAUGAAGACGUUUGAAGCGCUACUGCUGAUGGCUGGAGAGGCGUUUGGGCAGGAGGAGGACAUCAAGUCCACCACAAUGGCCUUACGCAACGAAAUUGUUGUCGCCACCGUCAUCGUGCCCCUCCUCGCCUACUGCCACCAGACGGACGUUGUGCUGAAUGUGAUUGAGCAGCUGUUGCAGCUGUGCAGUCUCGACGCCAAUUUGCAGAAGCUGUCCAUGACUCCGAUGAUGGAAAAUCUGUUCAAGUGUUUCAGCAACAGUCUUACGGAGCCGCGUGACCCAUUCUAUGAACCAUUGCAGCAGCUGGUGCAGCGUUUAGGGCAGUGCUCGAUGCAGCCCCACCAGCUGCGCAUGUUUCUGCGCAUGGAGCUGCAGUCUGUCCACCACGCGUCGCGUGACGAGUCGGUCGUGGGCGGGUUGGGUGGUGCACUGCGCCGCGCUCUCGCAGCCACAACAUCACAACGCAAUGUCAAUGAUGGCGACCGUGGUGGUGGCAGCAGUGGUGGGAACACCGGCACUGACGAACAGCCGUCAUCAUCACCAUCACCAUCAGCGUCGCAGUCGCUGCUGCGAUUGUCAUCGUCAUCGUCGUCGCCAUUGCAUGCAGACGGCCCGUUUGUGUCGUCGCGUCACCUGCAUGCGCUGCUGGACAUGGCACGGGCGCAUGCAUGCGAGGGGGCGUUGGCGUUUGUCGAGUUUGACAUGAUGAAACCAUGGGGAUUUGCAAACCUCUUCAUCCCGUCCCUUGCACAGCUCUCCACUUCAUCGUCAUCAUCAUCAGCAGCAACAGCAUCAGCAGCAGCAGCAGCAGCAGCAGCGACGCUUGCCAGUGGUGGCGGUGGCGUGGCUGGCGGAAUCAUACCGCCACCACUUGUGUCACGUCCGUGGCCACCGCAGCACGGGUUUACGGUAUCGAUGUGGGUUCGUGUGCAGCAGUGGGGGCUGGACACACACCCUGUGCGCCUCUUCGCUGCGUUUCUGCCGACGGAGCCAGAGUCAACGCUCUUCAGCAUGGAGAUUGAGCCCGUGGACUCGUGCGUGUGUGUGACCACAACAGAGACGUUCAAAUUUCCUGCCGCUCUUGUGUCAACCGGAAACUGGCGCCACAUUGCCGUCAUCGUCAAGGGAAAGCCCAAGUCCAAAUCCGCCGCUGUCUCUGUUUACAUCGACGGGCGACUCGCAGAUGCAACGAAGAUGGCAUAUCCCUCCGUUGGACCGCCCAGCGCCAGCGCCUCUGACGUGCAGUCGCAGGUGUGCGCACGCAUCGGCACAGCCAAGAGUGACAAGCUGUACUCCCCGCUGGUGUGGCAGGCGGCUGGCGUGUAUUUCCUCGAUGAAGCAAUGGCGGCAGACGGCGUUGCGUUGCUGCGGCAGUUGGGACCAGCGUACACGGGGCACUUGCAGGGCGACCUCGCCAUCCACCAAGCGUGGCCGUUUGCUGGCCAGGACGACCCGCAACCGCUCGUGUUGCCAGAUUGCCUGCAAGCACCGCACGUGCCGCUUCCGCAAGGCUUUCCAACCAUCGAUCUCUCCACUGUUCAGACGCCAGUGCUCCCCAGCACGAAGGUGUGGUUGAGUCUGCACGGGAGUGCGACUGCGUCUGUCGCUGCCAUUGACGGACUUGCGGUGAUGGGCGGUGCUGUUGCUGGUCGCGCAUUCAGUACACACGCAGACGUGCACACGAGCGGCAGCAUCCUCAAGAGUGUGACGAAUGGAGUACUCUUUCCCCCGUUUGCACAUGUCACCGGCAAUGCCCGCUCCUUCUGUGGCCAAAGCGUCGCAAAGUCAAUCGAUCAGGUGGGCGGGAUUGCUGUUCUGCUGCAAAUUGUCGCCGAUGCCACAACAACAGAAUACCUCGAAGCUGCCAUUGAGUUGCUGGUGUUGUGCGUGAUGCAAGCGCCGCGCAAUGCAAAUGCCCUCUUCUCGCACGACCACAGCAAGGUGCUGGCUGCGGUUGUCAUGUCCAAACCAUCACUGGUGACACCGAACACAAUCGCAUCCCUCAUGCGCAUGUGUGUCAUUGACGUGGACGAACAACAAGAAGCGUCGCCCUUUGCGUCGUCACUGCCACCGCCCCCGCGUCACGGCGUCAUUGUCAGCGCACGUCUCUUGCGUCACAUCUUCCUGUUGCAGGACAUCUGGCGCCCGUGCACAUCAUCUGCACGCACACACAUCCUCCGUCGCCUCCUGUCGUUGUGCUUGCCGGGCAACCCUGCUCGCCAACACAACGUGUCGCUGCUUCUAGGCAGUGGCAUCGUCGAUACUUGUAUCGCCAUCAUCUGCGAGGACACGAAAGGGGACGCCACUGUGUGUGCGUCUGCGUGCACGCUCCUGUCUGCUGUUCUGACGUGCAGUGCUCGCCCCCAACACAUUCGCCGCGUCAUUCAAGUCGCAUCUGCAACAAUUGCCCCGCGGUUCACGUGGAUGUGCGACCACUGCAACAGCAGCGUGGCGGAAUCAAGCUUUCGGAGUGCACGCAGCGCCAACGCCAAUCGUCACGGCCGUCAUGAUGACGACGACGCCAAUGAAGACGAUGGUGGUGGUGGUGGUGGUGGUGGUGGUGUUCCAUUGCACCAUGGGCAGCGCAGUGCUGGUGGUCGUGACGUGAGCGCGACCAGCACGAUCGGUGAAGGUCACCACCAUGACGACGAUGAAGAUGGUGACGAUGAUGAUUGGAGCGGUGAUGCUGGUGAUCACGGUCAAGAUGGUGCUGCUGCUGUUGACACCACCACCACCAAAGGCAAUGGUGAUGACAGCGACGACAACGAUGACGACGAUAACGAGCCAACCACCCGUGCCCGCCACCUCAUGCUGACGGUUCUGUUUCGCAUCGCAGCGGCAGAGGAGACACGUCACAUGGUGGUGGAUGCGUUGUCCCGCGGGCGCGGUGUCGAGUGGCUGCUGCUGUUCCUUGACCCAGCACUGGACGAUCGCUCCACCUGUAUGGCUGCGCGCACACUCGCCACUGUCCUCAUGCACACCGACAGCACCGUUGCUCAGAAGUUCAGGGCCUGGGGAGAUGCAUUUGACGUUGUUGGUCAUCUUCUUGCUCCGCACGCACACGUGGCUGAGCUCUACUUUAUCCUGCUGGCGCUGCUGCUCGGAAAACCCCUUGAUGCGGUGCCAGAAUUCUCGUCUGUGUCGUCGCACCACUUGAAGGAAGUGUUUGGCCCUCUCAAGACGAACAUACGUUUGCACACGCCAGCGGCGCUGUUUCUGAUUCUGGACUGUGUGCACGAGCUGUACCGUCGUGUCUUCAUCAAGCGCAACCUGGAGCAAGCUGUGGCCAAGCAGAGCAGUGGUGCCGCACACGACAGCGACGUUGAAGACAACGACGAUGAUGAGGAUAUGAAUGCUGCUGACGUUGCUGCCGCUGCUGAAGUGGUGCCAGUCAUACCCAAAGACAGCAGUAGUGCAGACAAACAGCAACAACAACAACAACAACAACAACAGCAGCAGCAGCAGCAGCAAGAUAAGCCUGGCAACCCGUUCCUCACAUCGACACCAAUGACGUCAACACCAGCAGCAGCACGCACCCGAACACAAAACCAGCAUCAACAACGGCAGCAGCAGCAGCACCAUGAGCAACACUCAGCAGUUAAGACGACGUCAGUUUCCUCUCCACCCGUGUCGCCACUCAACCCAUUCACGCGGGGGCCACUCGCCAAUAUCCCGCCAUCACCAAGCACGACAAAGACAACGACAACGACAACGACGACAACAGAUGCGCAUUCAGCGCCGCCAACCAGUGCUCGUGGUGCUGUUGUGCACGGCCCACCGUCACCUUUUGCCGUUGCUGAACCGUCAGGUGAAACGAGCAAGCCUGGCAACCCGUUCUUAUCGGCAACACACGCCAGCGAGGAACCCCUACCAUCGUCAGAACACUACCACCAACACCACCAACACCACCAAGAGGAAGAAGAAGAACAACAACAGCAACAACAACAGCAGCAGCAGCAGCAGCCUGGCAAUCCAUUUCUCGUGCCUGCAAGCACUGAAUCGAUGGCUGUGAAGGACACCCCUGGUGGCACAACGGCUGGUGCCGAAGCCAACACGCCUCAAUCCCUGGACAAGAACCAAGCAGCAACCGCAAACAAGAAUGCAGGACCACGCUCACAUGCACAAGCUGGCGACGACGACAACAGUGAUGGUGAUGAUGGCCACGAAGCUACAGCGCGUGAUGUUGACGAUGAGGGUGACGAUCACGGCGUCGCCUCUCCUGCACCAACUGCACCGCCAACAGCGAAAAUGGCACGUGCAAGCAACUCAUUCAUCACGCUGCACAACGGCCCGAAACACCAGCAGCCGGAAGGAAAAUCCAAUGACGACAUUCUGGCGUCUGUGGUGUCCUUCCUGUGCGAUUUGUAUCGGUACAGCAGCGAGUUUUCGUCGUUCCUGACGCAAGCGGACGUGUGUGAGCGCCUCGUGUCUGUGUUCUUCCACCAGCGACGCAACGCAGGUGGCGACGCAGCGAAGCCAAAGUCGUUGAUGGUUGCGUACUGCAGCCACCCGUCACAGCACCGCCUGUUUGGUCUCAUCGUGACCACGCUGGUGGAUGCCAUGAACGCCGCCAAGCCGGAGCGAGCAACCACCCUGACGUCACUCCUGAUUGGCGCGGUGCCAAACGAGUGCUCGGACCGUGACCGUGCGCUGUUUUACUUUGAGCUGUGGUCGUCGCUUGUUGGCGUGCUGAUCGACUCUGAAGUGCUGGCACACGCGCCCACGCAGCAGUCGCGCCUGAUUGUGACCCUUCCGCGCGUGCUUGUGAUGCUGUGCGACGCCCUGUGCCAGUAUGGCUCACGCAAGCAGUGCCUGUGUUCUGCCAGCCUGCUCUCCCGCAUCAUCCUGCACAUUGCCGAUGAGAAGGGGCACCCGCACGCGUUUGCUGUUGCGACGCACGGCGAGGCUGCAGUGUCAACGUUGCUUGCAAGCACGUUCACGUGCCUGACCAACCUGUACACGCGCUGCUGCCAGUCUGCUUCCUCCACCAUUCCCUUGGAAGACAUCAACACCAAGGAUGAGGCAACUCUCGACUUGGUGUUGCAGAUGCUCGCACGGCCACCGCGUCUUCUGUUCCAACCAGGACACACAAACACCAACGAAGUGUUUGCCCUCAACCACUACAUGCUCGCUCUCACGAAACACCCGUCGCCGACAACGCGCGAUUUGGCGUUUGAAGUCCUGCUGGCGUUUGCACAAGAGCGACCGGACGAUUUCUCCGCCGCUGCCGGGCAGUCCUUUCCACUAUCCUCCCUCCAUUUAGAUGAGAUGACGCUGCGCAGUCUGGUCGAGCGGCGACGUGGCGAACUUGCGCAAGCGUUUGCCGUUGGCUGGAAAGCGUUCACCUCCUCACGCACGUCCACGUAUGGUACCGGUAGCAGCACCAGCGGCUACAUCGGCAGCAGCAACAACACCAGUGGCAUUGGUCUUGUUGGUGGUGGCGGCAGUGGCGUCUUCAACACGAGCGUCAUGGGUGGGCUUGGUCUUGUCAGCAACAGCGGCAGCGGUGCAAGUAUCACCAGCACACCAGGAGGCAGCAGCAGCGUUGGUGGUGGUGGUGGUGGUGGCACUGGUGCUGGUGGCUUGCAGUUGUUUCGACGCAAGAAGGAGCUGUUGAAGCCAACAUCCUUGCUUGCACGCAAAGCGUAUUUGGCUGGUGUAUGGCACCAGCUGUGCAUUGACCUUGCUCCCAUCAUCGACAGGGAUGAGCACGCAGCAUCGCAGCGGCUGCGUCUUCGUUUCCAUAAGGAUGUGGAGUCUGCAAAACUCGUUGCCGCCCAGUUUGACAUGAUGCAAGGCGAACUGUGUCGCGAGCGCGGGCUGUGGGGACCGGAACGACCGUCCAACCUGGACAAGUGGGAGCUGGACACAAACGAAGGACUGCACCGCAUGCGUCGCAGAAUGCGCCCCAACGCCACGUUUUACGCCGCCUAUCCUUUCCGCGACAGGCCGUGGCAAGGGGAUCCACACGCCAUGGAGGCGGAGUCGACAGACCCAAAACGCCGGAAAAACCUGCCGACAUGCUUUGACAGCGCAGAGUACUACCAGCGGUACAUCCGCCCCAUCCUCGACCGCCUGUUGCGCGAGCUCAACCCGACAGCCAGCCGUGAUGGUGGUGGUGGUGGUGGUGGUGGUGGUGAUGGCGAGCGCGCGUUGCGUGCUGGCAGUGGUGUAUAUCAACAACGCGACAGCGGCCGUGAGAAGUACAAGACGGCCAAGACGGCGACACUGGCAGCGCGCCUGCGCCGUGUGUCUGCGGGAAGCGUGUCAAGUGUUGUUGACAUUCAGCGGCUCCUGCGCGGUGCAAGCUUGCGCGACCUGACACGCGCGGACAUGUUCAAGCUGGAGCAGGUGGUGUUGAUGUCACUGGUGCAGCGUGCGAGCGCCAGCCAGGCCGUCAUGUCAACCACGUCCUUCUCCAUGCUGCAUGCGCGAAGCAACAGCAGCCUUCUCUCUGUGAAGCUCCCGGCAUGGUUCGCAGAGGUUCACAGCAACGGCAGCGACAGCGACAGCGACAGCGACAGUGGCGGUCAUCAUCACGGCGAUGGUGACGGUGACGCUGGUCACAAGGUGGUGGAGGUGGUAACCAGGGGUGCAAAGGGCGGGAACAGCGAGCAGCUGGAAGGAAGCGUUGAAGUGGACGUGAAGAUGACACUGCAAGAAGUUGAUGACGACUGGGAGGUGGUCAUCGCACCGCGAGGGGAUCUCACAUCCACCAGCGAUGCCGAUGGUGGUGAGACCGAUGAUGCUGGUGGUAGCGGUGGCGGUGUUGGCAAUGCCGGCCGUGGCGCUGAUGGGAGUGGUGGCGGUGGUAACGUCGAGGCCCGUGAUGAUGAUGUUGAUGAUGGCGAUGACGGUGAUGUGACAGGGGCGGCGUGGCGUGCAAGGCAGAGCGCUGUUCUCCGCGGCCACACACUCAGCACACGCGGGGGUCCACACGUGCAAGUUGAACACGUUCGCAGCAGCAACAGCACAACACACAGCCAGCACUCAACACUAGCAUCAGCAGAGACAACAGCAACAAGUACAGCGAUAGGGGAGGGCCGUGUUGAGCCCAUUGAUGAUGAUGGCAGGAAGCAGAGAGCAGCAGCAGCAGCAGGAAGAAGACAGACGACAACAGCAUUGUCGUCGCCGUCGUCGUCAUCGUCAUCCUUGCCUGCAGGCAAACAACCGCGCAGCGAGGCCACACAUGGAGGCAGGCGCGACAGCCCAUCGCGCCUUGCUGCGUCCGCCAGCGGCGGUAGCGGGAGCAGCAGCAGCAGCAGCAAUCUUGGCGUGAAGGGGAAGCACAACACGCCAGCAGCAAGUGCACGUGGGUCACGCAGUCGUUCGUUCAGUGCCGUUGCCAGGCUGAUGCCCAACACGCCAGGCACCUCGUCAGGCGCGCCCACUGCCCCUGCCGCACUGACGCAAUCGCAGCACUCGAUCUCUGCCCUGUCUCGCCGGGAGGAAGUGGCGUCCGCUUCCACAAACAGCAUGACACGCCCACCGGUGAUGACUCAUCCGGCCGUGCUCCACCUGUUGGAGCCUGGUGAUGAGCUUGCAUCAGUGCACAACUGCCAGCACGUGAGCGGGAUGGACAGCGUGGAUGCAGUUCUGUUCAUGUGUCAGAGCAGCGCCUACCUCCUCCCCAACUUUCGCGCAACAGACGAUGGCACCGACAUUGAGGAGGUGGAGCCAGAGACCGAUGUACCGCAGCUGCUGCUGUCGCCGAUUGCGUGGAAAUACUCUGAACUUCGCGACAUUCGCCGGGGACGCUACCUCCUGCAGGACAAGGCGCUGGAGCUGUUUUCCCUUGUCGGAAACAACUUCCUCCUCUCGUUUGAAGACCGGACAACGCGUGACAGCGUGUAUGCGGCGUUUUGUUCCUCCUCUCCCGCGCUCGCCGUGAAAGCGGAGGACAGUGUUGCCGGCAUGCACCGUGAUGCAAAGCUGGAGCAGGUACACGUCGGGUUUCUGAGCGUGCUGACGGGGAGCAAGACAGUGACACGGCGAUGGGAGAUGGGUGAACUGUCCAACUUCCAGUAUCUGAUGUUUCUGAACACGCUCGCCGGUCGCACGUACAACGACCUGAACCAGUACCCGGUGUUCCCCUGGGUGCUCAGAGACUACACGUCAGACACCUUGGACUUGAGUGAUCCGGACACGUUUCGCGAUUUGACAAAGCCGAUGGGGGCGCAGACGCCAAAACGCGCGGAGGGAUUCAAGCUCAGAUACGAGGCGUGGGACGUGAGUUGCAACGGGGAGCCGGCGUUCCAUUACGGCACGCACUAUUCGUCAGCAGCAGCCGUCGCCUCGUACCUCGUCCGCCUUGAACCAUUCACCAAGCUCUUCCUCACCCUGCAGGGCGGAUUCUUUGACCACCCGGAUCGUAUGUUUCACAGCGUGGAGGAAGCAUGGUCCUCCGCAUCCGAGAAGAAUAAUGGGGACGUGAAGGAGAUUAUUCCUGAAUUCUUCUAUCUGCCCGAAUUUCUCGUCAACAGCAACCGCUUUGACCUUGGCGUCAAGCAGAGCGGCACUCGCGUGGAUGACGUGGUGCUGCCUGCGUGGGCCAAGGGCGAUCCACACGAGUUUGUGCGCAUCCACCGCGAGGCGCUUGAAUCGGACUAUGUGUCCGCAAACCUGCAUCACUGGAUUGACCUCAUCUUUGGGUACAAGCAGCAAGGACAGGAGGCCGUGGACGCGUUGAACGUGUUUCAUCACCUGACGUACGAAGGCGCCGUGGACAUUGACGCAAUUGAGGACGAGGUGGAACGCACCGCCACCAUCGGCAUCAUCAACAACUUUGGGCAGACGCCCAAACAGCUGUUCAAGCGACCCCACCCACCUAAACGCGUCAUGCACGCGCCAACGGGACCACGCGCGCUGAGCAGCCACACCCCCUUUGCGCGCCUGACCAUCUGCUCGCACCCUGUCCGCCAAAUCUCGAGCGCAGUCGGGGAAGUCGUGGUGCUGAGCGAUGGGCGGUUGCAUGUUGCUGCGUUGGGGCAGCGUCUCAUCCCUUCGGAGUACACGCGGUGCCUUGACUUCAAUCAGAAUGACGGCACGCUUGUGAGCUUCCCCAUUGACAGCAGCACGCGCUCUGAGGCGACGUUUUACGAAGGACUGCAUCUGGGCCCCAUUACCGCCGCUAUCCUUCCAGGCCACGGCACGCUCGUCACGGGCGGCGAAGACACCACUGUCCGCGUCUGGACGCUGCAGGGGAAGCGCGGGGUGAGAGCGUGUCGCAUCCACCUGCAGAAGACGCUCCACGGGCACGCGGGGGCGGUUUCGUGUCUCGCUGCCGCCGCCAACUUCCACACCCUCGUCUCCGGUUCACACGACGGCACAUGCAUUGUGUGGGACCUGGCCCGGUGCCAGUAUAUCCGACAGCUGCGCGGCCACGACGGCCCCGUCACCGCGCUCGCCAUCAGCUCCGAGAACGCGUAUAUCAUCGCCUGCGCACGCAACGUCGUGCACAUGUGGGACGUGAACGGCACGUACCUUGCUCGCUCCAACGCGCGCGCCGCCCCAGGCAGCCGCAUCCUGUCGUGCUGCGUGAGCGAGGUGUGCGAGUGGAGCCUGUCCAACCUGGUGGUGACGGGACACGAAGACGGGCGCGUGCGCCUGUGGUCGCUGCAGUACUCUGAGCUGACGGCAGACACGAGUCGCGAUGCUGUUCGCGUGGACACGAAGCGCAUGGGGCGCGGGCUGGCGCACACCAUUGCUGACGGUGAUGAUGAUGACGAUGAUGAUGAUGAUGACGUUGAUGAUGAUGAUGAUGAUGUUGAUGAUGAUGAGGAUGAUAAUGUUGAUGAUCAUGGCAAUGAUGAAGAUGGUGACGUGCGUGAUGACACCGAUGGUGAACACAGCCAUGGUGGCGACAACGGCAGCCGUGGAGGCAGCAGCCGGAAACCUCAACACACCUCUGCUGCUUCUACCGCCACUAACAACUCGGAGCAGCACCAUCACGACAAGAACAACGGCGGGCCAGAGCCAAUGCCAAAACAGACGACCACAACAAGCAAGAACAGCAGGAGGAGCAAGAGGAGAAGGAGGAAGUGGGUGCGCUCGCUGGCGUUGAUGGCGACCUUGGGCGUGCCGUCCCCACCUGUCGCAGCAACAGCUGGCGGCGUGGCGACCGGUGGCAUGCUUGCAUCAUCUCCGUCGUCGUUGUCAGCGCCAGGGUCCGUUGGGGAGCCUGUGAAGGUGACGGCUGUUGCGGUGAGCAACGAGACGGGGAUGCUGCUGUCUGGGGACAGUGCUGGGCAGGUGUACACGUGGGCGGUGCCUGAGGGUGGGGACGGCGGCAAGAAGGCGACGGAGCACUGGGUGAAGGACAACGCCGUGGCCGUGUGCAUGAACACGAGCUGCCAUACGCGCUUCACGUCCUUUGAGCGGCGCCACCACUGCCGGAACUGUGGUGGUGUGUUUUGCAACAAGUGCACGGCAUUUGAGUCGCGCAUCCCUGCCCUGAACAUUGUGGACCGUGCCGUGCGUGUGUGUGCCAAGUGCUACGCCACCCUCCAACAGCAACAGCAACAACAACAGCAACAACCAUAG